AUGACUGAUCAGAAACCUCCUCCAUCCUUGACAUCCCAAUUUGUUAAUCCAACGAUCGUUCGUUAUGGAUCAAUAUUUUUGUUAUUGGUGGGAACAUUUGGCAAUAUUCUUUCAUGUAUCAUAUUUUCUACGGGUACAAUGCGUAAAUCUUCAACAUUUCGCUAUUUGGCACUGUUAUCUCUAAUGGAUUUAAUUGUACUCUAUAGCGGUUUAUUAGAUUUAUUUUUAACUGUUGAAUAUGGUCAAUUUUCACUACGUAAACUUUCACCUAUUACAUGUCGUUUGCAUACAUUUGUUACUUAUUGGUCACAACAUUCAUCAUCAUGGAUACUGGCUGCUGUAUCCAUCGAUCGUGCUAUAGCCACAAAUUACAUACAACUUGCAAGAAAAUUUUGUACACCAAGAUCAGCUGAAUAUGUUGUGGGUAUCAUUUUAUUGAUAACCGCUCUAUUCAAUUGUCAUGAACUAGUUUUCAUUAGAUUAGAAAUAGAAAAUAUUGAAUUCAAUGAACAAACAUUUCUAACAUCUGCCGCUACUACACAAGAAAAUAUGGUAUCAUCAUUUUAUUAUUCCGAUUCAACUACACAAUCUCAGUAUACAAUGAGUAAUUAUUUUUCACCACAAUUUGUAGCGUCCAAAUUUAAUUCAUUUAAAGAAAAACGAACAAUUAACGAACAACAAACUGUAUCAAAAUUUAUUUCAACUAUUUAUAAAUAUUUUUUGAAUAAAUCUAACGAUGAUACGAGGACUAAACGUGCGUUACCAUUCGAUUUUACAUCAUCAACUAGAGAUCUUAAUUCAUUGUCAAAUAAAUUUUUUUAUUCACCAUUAUCUGUAACAGUGACACAAGCUAAUAAUUCGACAGGAACAUUCUUUAUUACAUCAUCAACAGUAUCGACAAGAGCAAGACAGUGUGCAGCACUUAAAGGAAGUAAUUACGAUUAUUUUUGGGAUCAUGUAUGGGAAUGGAUUGAUGUUUGCAUGUAUGCUGUAGUUCCCUUUUCUGUGAUGACAAUUGGUACUUUUUUCAUUGUCUAUCGUGUUUAUUAUCAAGAACGACGAUUUUUUCGCUCAAGACGAGCAUAUGCCGAUAAUGCAGCACGUGUAACUCCGAAUAAAGCAAAAAGUUUAUUUUAUCUACUGUUCACUUUGAACCUACUGUAUUUCAUAUUGGUAUCACCCGUUGUAUUUGUAACCACAGUUCUAUUUCGAAAUUCAAACGAGGAAGUAUCACAUGCAACGCUGACAGCAAUCGUUUAUCUGAUGCAGUAUGCAAAUCAUUCAUUAAACUUCAUUUUCUAUGGUAUAACAUCACCGCCCUAUCGUAAAACAUUGUUCGAUUGGUUAGAAGCUGUCUCAUCUUAUUGUCCAAAUCGAUGUCAAACAUUUGUAAAACGUCAACCAAAAACUAAAAAGCAAGAACCGAAAAAAAGCAUCAGUCCACCUAAUGGUAAUAUUAAACCACCAAAUCAUAAUCACGAAAAAACAAAAGAAGUAUUAACUGCUGUUACUAUCAAUACCGCCGAUGAUACAAUUGCCCUUAAUCGAAAAGAUAAAAUACCAAUAACAUUACAAAUUGACGGUGUUCAUAACGAAACAAAUUCUUUAUUGUCAAAUGAUUAUCAUACAAAAAUGUCAAUUGUGAAUAAAUCGUCUAAAAAACGAAUAGUAAACAUGACGCUUGCAACAAUGGAUCCACAAAAAAUGAGUACAACUGAAAUUGAUCUCGAAUCGGUGUUGAAUGUAAGACGACGUCGAUUAUCGUUAACAGCACCACAAGCUCCACAAGAUGUCUAUCGAUAUACGGAUGUUAUUAUUCUAAAAGUUGAAAAAUCGCAUGAUAUACUGAGAGAAGAUGCACGCUGUAUAUUUCAUGGAGAUUAUCAUGUAUUAGCUGACAUAUUUCAAAAGUAUACAAGUCAAUUGAUAAUUCAUCAUGCGGAUCCAAAUAUUGUUAAAAAUCAUGAUCGUCUAAGUGGUAAAUUAUAUUGUACGAUAGAAGUCCCAACAAUGUCAUUAAUUGAAGUUUUAGAAAUAUUGCAUAAGCAUUAUUUUUCAAUUGUGGCUAAUUCAACUAAUUUUGGUCCAAAAACAAAAUUACAGGAAUUCAUUUUAUUACGUAAUAAAGAUUCGUAUGAUCGUGGAUUGCCAGUUAUUGAUACUGCAAAACAUUAG